AUGGCAGCCACGAAUCUUGGAAAGCGUACCCGCAGUACUAGUGAUUUGGAAGCGCUCCCGGUGCGCACGGCAAGCAAGCGCAGGACGGUUGCUCCCAGAGCCCACCGCGAAGUCGCCGUUCCCUCAACGCGCCGAACUCGGUCAAGUGCGAAGAAUACCAACGCAUCAGAUCAGGAAAAUGAAGAGAUUAUUAAGACGGAGAAGGUGUCAAAGCACGCGCUUCGCGAUGACCAGGACGGGUCUCCGACAAAGAUCAAUUCACAUUUUCGCACUUCCAAGCUAGUAGGAGAAGAGAAACCAGCCCCUGAAUUCAAGACUCCCUCAAAGUCGCGUUUCCGCGAUGCUUUGCAACAAUCUCCUAGCACUCCUCGGCAUCGAGUCCAAGUUGGAGCAAAGGCGGCGACUCCACACACUCCUCGCCAUAAUGACCUCCCACCUACUCCUCGCCAAAGUACGACUCCGACUAAAGCGCAAAAUGUCUAUUCCAAAGCUCGACAGUUGUUCGCACGUGGUGCCAAUUCUGGUCGGUUAAUUGGGCGAGAUUCUGAACGGGAAAAAGUGGCAACCUUUAUUGGAGACUGUGUUGAAUCGCAGAAAGGCGGCUGUCUAUAUAUUAGCGGUCCACCAGGAACCGGCAAGAGUGCCAUGGUCAACGAAGUUUGCCCGGAAAUCGAUCUGUCCAACGUCAAGGUCUCUCACGUCAACUGCGUGAGCAUGCGGAAUGCCCGAGAUGUCUACAGCAAGCUCAUCCAGGACUUUUGUGAGGACUCGGAGGUUUUCAAGAAGAGUGAGGCCGAACGAUUAAAGGCCAUGUUUGUACCAGCCAAGGCGGAUGGCUUAUACCUAGUCAGUCUGGAUGAGAUGGACCAUCUACUCAUCAGCGACUCCGGCGUGCUGCAGUCCCUGUUUGAAUGGUCCUUGAAUAAAAACUCGACCUUGAUCCUGAUCGGCAUUGCUAACGCUCUGGAUCUAACCGAUCGGUCGCUGCCGCAACUGAAGGCAAAGAACCUCAAGCCGAUUCUCCUGCCAUUCUUGCCAUACAAUGCGGCAUCAAUCGCAAAUGUCAUCACCGGCCGCCUUCGCUCUCUGCUCCCUGCCGGUGCAGACACCGAUCCAAAAUUCGUCCCUUUCCUGCAACCAGCUGCUAUUCAGCUCUGCGCCAAGAAAGUGGCAUCGCAAACCGGUGAUCUUCGCAAGGCGUUUGAACUGAUCAAACGCGCGAUUGAUACAAUUGAGCAGGAAACUAUGCAGAAAUUAGAAAAGCAACUCGCCGAGGCUGAACCGCCAUUGAUACUUUCUGAAAAUCAGAAUUUGUCAUCGCCUACAAAGGUAGUCCCUGCUCGGUCUACUUCAAUGUUGGGCUAUACUGCAGUAACAGCCCCUCGUGCAAGUAUUGCUCACAUCGCUCGUAUCACGAGCGCUGCUUUUGGGCAAGGUACUAUCCAGCGGCUCCAAAACUUGAAUCUACAGCAAAAGGCUGCUAUCUGCUCCUUGAUUGCAUUGGAGCGCAAGCGCCGGGAGCUGGAUGUCACCUUCACACCAUCAAAAUCUCGAUGUAUGGCUCCAACAGUGAAGCAGGCCUUCAAUACUUACUGUACGCUUUUACGGAACGACAACAUGCUUCAUCCUCUGACAGCCACCGAGUUCAAGGAUGUGCUCGGCAACUUGGAAACGAUGGGCCUAGUGGGCGAGUAUCAAGGCCGUGGUCGAGGAGGCACUGUUGCCGGUGGUUCGGAUGUUCGCCGUACGCCUUCCAAGUCUGGCAGUGUGAUGUCGACUCCUCACAAGGGUAUGGAUGAGCAGGGCUUAGUAUGCUUUGUUUCUCAGGCGGAAAUCGAAGGCCAGAUUGCAGGUCCCGGCGAAGGCAUCCUCAGACGACUCCUUCGCGGUGAGGGAUUGUAA